AUUGUCAUACAAGUUGCUAGUUUUUAGCAAAAAAAAAAAAUUAAAAUUAUGAGUUUUUUUGUAGAUCUUGUAUCUGAAGAUUCAUUUUAUGAAAACAUAACUUUAGGUGUAACACAAUUAUUAGAAUCUGAUCCUCGCAUUACCAACGUAAGGAUAGAUCGUCGAACCCCGUGCGAUAGAGUGGCUUUAUCGAAUUGGGAACAAAAACAUUCAGUUUCAUUACCCGAAGACCUUAGAAAUUUUUACGCAUCUACAGACGGGUUUCAACUAAACUGGGACUACAAAUAUUCAGCCGACGAAAUUCUUCCCGUGGGAUCCAUGCAUGUUAAUACUUUAAACGAGCUGUGUAUGUCUUCUGGCUUGAAGGACCUCGUAGAUUUCGCACUUACCCGACAGAAUUCUGGUUCCCGACCUGUUUUGAAUACAAAGAGCAAGAUUUUUGAGUUGGAUGACUGCAGAAACAUUGGCAAGAUAUGUUUGAUAUAUUCAAACGGGUCGUGGUCAAUUUGGCUGGUGACGAGAGACGGAGCGUGGGGUUGGCUGGCUGACUCCUUUACCCACUACUUCAGAAUGGCGCUGGUUCAUCUCGGCUUGCCGGGGUGGCAAGCUGCAUUCGCGAGCUUACCACUCAUACCUUGGGCAGAGCAACUAUUCCUACUACUGGCGCCGUAUCUGCUGGACAAGGCGGAGCCCGAGACUGCCAUAAGUGCCGUCAGUGAAACGGGCUUCAACCACAUCGACCCCAACGUCUUCAAGACCACCUCACGCCACCACAAAAACUCAAAAACCGCCAACCACUAAUAAACUAACGAUGAUUGAGUGCAAUAAUAAAAUACCUUCUUACUUA